UGAUAGUCUUUUUCAUCAGAAAACUCCAAAGAGCUAAAGCCUCCACGAACACUGGCGUAGAAAUGCCCACAUUCUCAGGAAAGAAAUAUCUGGGCUCAGAGCAGUUCCAGACCUCCAGUAAUGAGGCCUACGAUGUAGUGAGAGGGACUGGAAGUACAGCUGAAGGUGAAUAUGAGGUAAACACAAGCCCUUCCUCCCUCCACCUCCUCCCAGCCUACCACUGCUGCUGCGUGGAGACUCUCUCUAUGAGUCUGUGUGAUGUGUCCCUACAUUACUGUUCAGUAUCUGACUACUGCAGACAUGCAUGAAAUAUUAUGGUGCAUACAUUAGUUUGUAAUAUGUGAUGAUGUGUAGUACUGAAUUAGCAGAGGAGU